UCCAGCUGCCACCCGAUCAAAAAAUGAACGGGGGAACCCACCACUUUGAAAACGUCAAUGAGGAAUACCCCCGUUAGCUGACCACCCCACAGAAAUUCGUUCGAUGGAUUCGUUCCCAGAUUCGACCCUUGUUGACUUGCUGGGGAAUGUGACAGAUACCGAUGUUGCCUUGCAACUGACUUGCUGGGGAAUCUGACGGAUACCCUUGUUGCUUGCAAUUGACUCGUCCAUCGAUUUCUGACCAGACUUCAUAUCUUUGAUCCGUAGGAGAAUUUUGGCGUGUGUGACGUAGUUUCGGUAGGUAGGAGUCGGACUUACAUGUCCAAUCCAAUAGGACAGCUUUCUCCAUCAGGUAGUCUGUCAGCCAUCUGAAUCAAGAGAGUCUCGGUUCUGGAUCAAGAGUAUAAGAGGACAUGGAUCAAGUAGUAUCUAUGGUUCACUCCCCUCAGUUGGUUUCUGAGAGUAUGAAGUGCUUCGCUUGGCGCCCGUGUGAUUCCACUGCUUCACGGUUCUGAAUCCUCCUGCGUUCGUCGUUCGGUCAGAGUGCGAAGAUGUCGACGAAGAUGUCGACUGCUGAGUUCGUCGUGGGAUUCAUAGGAGCCGUAGUUUCGAUAUUUUUGUUCUUGUCUCCUUUUCCCACGUUUAAGAAAAUUAUCAAGCUGCGUUCCACCAAGGAGUAUUCGGCAGUCCCCUACGUUGCGACUCUGCUCAAUUGUUCCCUCUGGUUGCUGUACGGAUCUCCUUUUGUAAACAAGGGAGUCCUCGUCUUUACCAUCAACGGGGCUGGCGCCUUCAUCGAGCUUUUCUUCAUCUGUAUAUACUUGGCUUAUUCGAAGGAUAGACGAACGAGGAGGAAUGCAGUGCUCAUGAUAACGGCCAUUGUUAUUUUCUUCGUUGCGGUGUUGCUCAUUAGCUUGCUGGGUAUCCGUCGCCACAGUGAAAGACAAACCGUCGUUGGUAUUCUGUGUGUGAUCAUUGGAACGUCUAUGUACGUGUCCCCGUUGACAAUCAUGAAAACUGUCAUUACAACCAAGUCAACGGAGUUCAUGCCGUUAGCACUGUCAGUCUUUAACCUACUAAACGGUAUAAUAUGGACCGCUUAUGCGUUGAUAGGCCACGACUUGUGCGAGUACAUCACGAUCCCAAACGCCCUAGGAGUAUUUUUCGCUCUUUGCCAACUCACUCUGUACGGAUGCUUCUGUGGAAACACCAGAAGAAUGCCCACUGAGAUUACUGAGAAUGCGAAGGGAGUGUCUCCAGACGUGAUGUCCGUGGGUACAGCUCAAUUUCAAUACCAUGUAGAAGUUUAACAGUAGCUGGAACAUUGGUCCCCGGGCACUGGUUGUAGAGCUCGUCUUGUUUUGUUCAGGCUUGUAAAAUAUCAUCUCGUUUUCAUCCCGCUUCUUCGAUACUCACAUACCGUGUCAGCUAAUAAGGAUUCAGUCUGCAUGAAUAUGUGCCGAAAUCAUGUCGUAUUUUGGUACGCGAAGAGCAUUUCACUUUUCAACUAAGAGCCCGGUUUGAAAGCAAUUACAAAAACUCGCAGUAGAACAUCGGUGACAGUGGACUGAAUUGCCGUCUAAUAGGUCCCCAUCAAGCAAAUUUCUACUACUGUAUUUCUAUUUCUGAGAGUCCACUACCGAAUUCAGUCCUCGGAUUUUAGAAAACGGCACCGGGCCAAGACUCGCCACCUAAACAGACUCCGCAGCGCGCCGCGCGGGCGCUCUGCGGAGUGACGAGGGCUGCGGAGUCUGUCUGGAAAGCGGCACCGGGCCGUUAACAUCACUCAGGGGUCACACACAGAGAGGGUCCAGACGGGCUGCGCCUUGGUAUCGACGAGAGCCAGCCGCCACGUCCGCGCCGAGCUUCCGACACGUUGGCAGUCAUUCCCAACCGUUUCCUUAAAGAAGAUUCGGAUGAGGCCUUUGCCCUCAUCCGAAUUCAGUCGGAGAGUACACUGCCGAAUUCAGACGUGAUGUCCGUGGGUACAGCUCAAUUUCAAAACCAUGUAGAAGUUUAAUAGUAGCUGUAACAUUGGUUCCCGGGUACUGGUUUUACAGCUCGUCUUGUUUUGUUCAGG